CGUACCUUACUUACACAGUAAAGAAACAUCUCUCACCCAGCGCACUAUUCGUGAACAGCCGCGACGAGCCGUAACUGUUUCUUUUCGAGGAAACGGAUACCAGCGCGGUCAUUCAAUAUCUGCAAUCAUCGUCGUCGCUGAAACUGCAACCCUCGUUGGCGAUCCUUGACGCGCAGUUGUGGUUGGCUCCCUUUGUUCCCGAAACUUGUGGUCGCAACAUAACUCGUACAAUCACCUGGACGCAACCUAAUCUCCUCUCCCUCUCUCUAUAUAUACCGCGCGAUGAUCCUCCCUUCUAUCGAGCACACUCAAUCAAAGGAAUCUUCAGCGUAGCCGCUUCAUUACGACGAUACUGCUUCGCCACUUGCGACCUACGCGCUCCGUCGCGCUUCUACUAUCUUCGCGUCUUAGCCAGCUGUGAGGCACAGCAACCACUUGACUCACGCCGCCGCAACAACUUAGUGCUCUGUUCACUAGAAACACACACCAUGACCACAACCGCACCGUCAUUUGUGGGCUCCGAUGCUCACCUCGGCAACGACGCAAUGGACCUUCACUCAGACAACGGAUAUAACAUCCAUGAUGGGGACAUAGAUCUGGAUCUAGACUCAGCACCAGGAACACUUCAAGAAGACGACGUUCUUUCACUGAAGGAUGCUGGGACUGAUGCGGGUACAGAUCUACAAAAUGCUUUGGGCGAUCAGGAUGAGUUCAUGGUCGACAAGGAGGACGUCAUUGAAGAGGAUGAGGCCGGAUAUACCGACUUGCACCUUGAAGAUGCGGACGAAUCUGGUCCGCCGAAUGUACUGGAUCAAGUAUUGGACAAUCCCGUUGACGAGAUAACCGUCGAACUCGCACUCGAUGUCGAUGAAAACAACGUGGAAGAGGAUCUCCUAGAUUACUCCGACGAUGAAGAACAGGUCGGCGAAGAUAAGUCAGAUACACAGCCGGCUCAGGCCGAAAACCCUACUUCCGAAUUUGCCCCUGUUCAAGACACGACUAGUGAUCAAGCAAAUUACAAUUCGAACCACAAUCAUGAGGAUGCUCACCAGGUACCACAUGAAGAAAACACCGAUGAAACAGGCCUUGCGUCCUGGACAGGUGGAGAUGGAGAAUCAAUGAAUCAACAAAGUGGCAAUGACCAACCAGACCUGCAGCAGGCGGGUGCUGAUGAGUUGGCGGCCCCCUUUCUCCAGCAGACCACAGAUGAAACGCAAACAGCCAUUUAUGGCGAGAACCAAACUGAAUCGGCUGAAGCCAUUGACAACGAUCAUAGCCAAGAGGCCCAUGAGGUGUCUCAGGCAGACGCUGAACCUCAGGAGCCCCACGAGUAUCAAGAGCACCAGGAAUCUCACGUUUCAGAUCACUCCAUCCUCCCCCUCAUCACAGUUAAUUACGAUGGCGCCGAAUAUUGGCUUUUCAAGCCCCAUCAGGAUGACGAGGGUGAAUGGUUAUUGGAGAAUGAGUCACUUGCAAAUGAACCGAUAACCCAUCUGUUCUCCGCCUGCAGGAGUCAGCUUGGUGAUGAUCUCAGCAGCGGAACUGAAUUGGGUUUCCGAUUCGAGCACUUCCACGGCAUGGAGCUCUACGAAGAUUCGACCGCUUGCGCAGUUUCACAACUGAGUAAUUUGGUUGAUCUGUAUUUGCAGCUACAUGCCCAGGAUGGCAACAAUGACCCAGAGUCAUUCUACAUCACCUUGCAAUUCCGCCCACGGGUGAUAUCGCUCCUCAGUGACUUACAGAAAGCUGUUCAUGAUCAAGUAGGAUUUUCAGGCUUGGAUAGAGCGAUCGCCUCGGGCCAGACCAAUUUCAAUAGCUCAUACGUUAGCCAUCCCACCGAACAGGGCGAGCAAUGGGGGAGCAAUGAUCACGAAGAGGAUCACGACAACGCGGCCGGCGAGGAUCAAGAUGAGACAGUCGAGGACGACGAAGAAAAAGGCUCGAACCACGACUCCCCGAGCACUGAAGAGGCUCAUGGAAGCACUCGCAGUAGUGUCAGCGGUGCUGAGGAUGAGGCUUCUGAAACACAAGAGGCUCCAGAACCCAUCGCUCAACAUGAUUCCAGCGGGUCUCCUUCUGCCAACGAGUCUGACGGGGAUGAAGUAGAAGCUGUAUACAAAGAUGAAGAUGGUGCCGAUGAAUAUGACGAAGACGGGGAUGAUCUCGUUGAUUAUAGUGACGACGAAGAUGCAUCGAACGGGAACGCUGCAGAAGAGAACACCCAGAUUGACCACUCAUCCAGAUCUUCCACCGUCCAGGGCAAUGAUGUCCCUGCAGAGAUUGAAGAGGGUGAUGGCGCAACAUAUGAGGACGAGGAAGAAGAUGAGCUCAACGAUGAGGGUCUUACUGAGCUUGGUGUCAGCGAGAUGUACGGUCAGUAUCAGGAAGCCACCGAUCCGGAUGAAACCAACUAUGAAGAUACACCGCUGGAGCAGGUUUAUCCCGAAUCGUAUAGCCAGAACGGCGAAGAUGCGGAAGCAGACGAGUAUGCAGCUGCCGAAACCCACGAAGACAACACGGACUACUACUAUGACGACGGAAAUGUGAAUCUAGAAGAGAACGAUGCUCUCAAGCUCAACGAUUCUUUUGACACCGAGGGGCGCAACGAUACUCUAGACGACCGCCUACUUGACAACGCCACAGGAGAAGUUGUUGAUGCGGACGACUUCUUGGACCUGACUGGCGCAGAUUCAGAAGAGAUGCCAGAGAAAGUCACACAAAAUAUCGACGCCACCUCCACGGCUGAAGUUGCCGCAGACGAGCUGUACAGCGCCCAUGGCCAAACUAGUCUAGCAGAAACGGACGUCACCGACCCUUCAACCGCUUCUUAUCUUGAGAAUCAAGAUAUUGGUUCUCCACAGGGCCAGAAGAGACCCAUAGAUGAAGUCGACGUUGGGCAAGAUGGUGCGGACGAAUUCACAGACUACAAGCGCCCCAAGAUGUGAACGAGUUAAGCCAUCAACG